AUGGCGUUAUUUCAAAUAUUUGCUGUAUUAGUUUUCAAUGGUCCAUAUGCAGCUUGGCAAAUUUACACAGUGAUUACAGCAAAUAUAAUCAAAGAUACUUAUAGACGAGCAGUGGAGCAGUUAAUUAAUUUAUUUAUUGGUACUUAUGGGUAUGGCCCAUAUGCAAGUUCAUUUUAUUGUUAUUGUUUAUCAAAAAGAUUUCGAAAUCAGUUGAUUGUUUCUCUCAAAGAGCUUGUUGGUACUAUUCAUAUGAAUCAAGUUUUUCCAAAUACUCAGCGAAGUGGCACUCGUACUUAA